UUUUGAUUCCUUUCCAGUUUCAAAGAGCAGCACAACACUGAGUAAAGCAAUAACUUCAACCGCAGUAGAAGAAACGAGAAAGAAGGAAACCAUCAAUGGCCGCAACCACUUCCAAGAAAAGAUGGCUUCCUCUCGAAGCCAACCCCGACGUCAUGAACCAGUUUCUUCGUGGUCUUGGCCUUCCUGAGGAUCAAGCUGAGUGCUACGAUGUCUAUGGCUUAGAUGAAGAGCUUCUGGAAAUGGUUCCCAAGCCAGUUCUUGCUGUGCUUUUUCUCUAUCCCCUUACUGCUAAGAGUGAAGAAGAGCGAUUGCGACAGGCAAAUGAAAAACAGGAAUAUAGCAACAAAGUGUAUUUUAUGAAGCAAACUGUGGGUAAUGCUUGUGGUACAAUAGGGCUUCUUCAUGCUCUUGGGAACAUAACUUCUGAAGUCAAGUUUGUUGAGGGGUCAUUCUUUGAUAAGUUCUUUAAGUCUACUGCGAGCUUGGAUCCAUCGCAGCGUGCUGUAUUUCUCGAGAACGACAGAGAGAUGGAAGUUGCUCAUUCUGUAGCAGCCACUGCUGGUGAUACAGAGGCAUCAGAUAAUGUGGACACUCAUUUCAUCUGCUUUGCUUGUAUAGAUGGUGAGCUUUAUGAGCUUGAUGGAAGAAAGUCAGCACCAAUAUCUCAUGGUCCAUCCUCCCCAAGUACUUUGCUGAGGGAUGCUUCUAAAGCGAUCCAAAGCAUGAUAAAGGAAAAUCCAAACUCCCUCAACUUCAAUGUCAUUGCACUAUCAAAGAAAUCCAGUGAUGGACAUUAAGGCAUUCAGUUUAGGUUUAUUUUGGGUUUAUAUUGAAUCAGUAUCUUGAUGUCAUCUCUAGUAUAAUCCUAGGCAUCCAUGCGGCUUUUUGUUCACUAUAUCUGUGUGUAUUCUCAGAUUUUUAUUUUCAUUCAGUGAUCUAGCAAGCUGAGCCUCUUUAGUUUAAACUUGAUGUAGUGCGAGUAACAACAUUGUUAUGAUGAGCAAUGUGAGCUGAUACUUUUAUGCCAAAUAAUUCAAAAAUUAUCAAAUCA